CAGCCCAUGUCCACCUGCAGAGCUCCUCGUCCUCGUCUCCUCCCCACUUCGCGCGGGUCCCGGUCCCCAGAUCGGAGCCACGCCGCCGGCGUCCGGCCAGCAUUCCCCACCGCCAGAAGGUUCUUCUCUAGACAGCCGGGGUUUCCCGUCAAAAAAUAGAGAACCGGGGUUUCCCUCCGUCGGGCCACCGACCGGGGACCAGUUUGUCUUUGGCUCCGGAGACGGGAGCAUCGCCGGCCACCUGAGUGGAGGAGGGAGGCGCACGCAUCGGAGAGGGGGGUUGAACUCCAGUAUUCUCUCGCGGCGAAGCCGAGCAGGGGAAGCGGGGGGAGUCACCGGCCGGCGGCCACUCGGGCUCUCUUAUAUACAGCUAUUUUGUUACAGUUAACAGAAAUCAUACUAUCUGGUAUCAUGGCCACCGAAGAGGAUGUUAAGCAGCGGCAGAUUGUUGAAGACCGUGCAAGAAAUAUUAGCCACAAUGUCCGGUGCACUGAGUGUGGCAGCCAGUCCAUUGAAGAUUCACAAGCAGAUGUUGCAGUUCUCCUUAGAAGGCUAAUUCGUGAUGAAAUAAAAUCUGGCAAGAGUGAUAAGGAGAUAUACAAAAAAUUAGAAGACGAUUUUGGAGAAACAGUUCUAUAUGCCCCUAAAUUUGAUAUUCAAACUGCUGCUAUAUGGUUAUCACCGGUCAUUGUGGGUGGGGUUGCAGCUGGUGUCUGGGCUUACCAAAAGCAUAGGCAAAGGACCAACGUUCACAUUAUGGCUCUGAACCUCGUCCGAGGGGUUCCCCUGACUCCAAGGGAGAAGGAGACAAUGAUUGACAUCCUUACGCCGCCUCCGCCAACCAGGAGGUGGUGGUGGCCUGUCAAGUGAUGUUCAUGUCCUUGGUUGCAACAUAAAGUACUCUUUUACAGUGGUCGCAUUAUACAGUUGAACAGGAUGGCUGAAUUCAGCGCAUGAUUUUGGUCUACAUCUCACAUCGUUGAAGCUUCAACUACGAAUGUUUGGUUUAACCAGAUCUUGAGAGGCCUUUCCCAGAUGUUGCAGUCCGCAUGCAGGUUGCGGGAUAUUGGAAGUUUAAAGAACAGCCUGCUGUUGAAGUGUAUGAGUAGUUGCUUACUUCCCAGGUGUGCGGUUGAACUGACAAACAUGUACCGUGGCUGCUGACCCUCAUGUAGCGGAACUUUCUCCCCAAAAUAAGGCGAGUACGACUUUUUA